GGUUAUGGUAAUUUCUAAGUAUCGGCGGAUGGCAUGUGGACCCUUCGAACAGCAACCGAAGGUGUGUCUCGUCAAAUAACCGGUCCAAUCUUCACGCGGGAAGAUGAUCCAAGGCAUACCAUACCCUCGAUACUUGCCAUACUUGCUUUGGUAUGGGUAAAGUGUCAACAGCGGCAGGCGGCGUUGGUAAGGAUGAAAUAGAUGGGUGGAGGAUGAUGUUGUUGUUGUUGGGUUGAAGUGCUGCCAGCCAUGUUAAGAGGGCCUGGAACAAGCCAACCAGCUGAACGCAGCAAGGGGAUCACGCAGCCAUCAACACAAUAAUGGACGAUGGCGCAAGUCCGUCCAAGAACGACUAAUUGAUCUCUGACGUUUUUCUUACUGUCAACGUUAAGACACUUCUCAAGACGAGGCGAUCAAAAUAACGGGAGUCGGUUCACAGUGUUGAAGACCUGUGCAUGCCCUCCUGAGCUCACUUCUCGUUCUGCGUGUCUCUCUGCGACGACAACCGGGCUGGAGGUGGCCGUUCAAAAAUAUUGAUUGUGCCUCCCUGCAAGGGACGUUAUCUCGGUUCGGUACAGAAAUCAUAAGAGAUUUGAUACCCCAGAAGAGUCGGGAUCACCGUCCCGACAAUCUGCAGUAUGCAGCACGGAGGCACUGCGUCGUGCAUCAACGAUUUCUGUCGUACAUCCACUUUUAUCUUCAAGAUCUGGCCCAGACUUCAGCCUUCUCAGGAGUCGCGAUGGUCUAUCUACUCACUAUACUCGUCCUCUAGAAAACUGAACACUGCCCAAACUUAGACCGUGAGCACAAACUUACACAGAAUACACAACCACCAAGCAAUGCCCGCAGACGCAAUGCAUCCCCAUCGUAGAAAUUGCUCCCGCUUUGUGUCACAAUCUUCGCCGACUUGCUGCUCCAGCCCUGGGCCAACGUGGUCCAAGAAAACGCCUCCUGAUUGGCAUUCUCAGCAGCGCCAAGGUAUUCAUCCAGCCUCGCUCUCAUUGGUUGCAUCGGGCGCCCAUUAUUCGAGCCUGAAGCGAGCAUUUCCCCUGACCACCACAGCAAGCAGCUCGCUCAGGUCAACAACCAUAACAGAUAAUCCCGCAACUAUCACUACUACUGCAGCUAGCCAUCCUAUGAACAGUGUCUAAAACCGGACACACGAUACGACAACAGAACGAGUCAGGCGAGCCAUCAACUCUACCCGGCAACAAGCCGCGUGUUCAAUCCUUCACGCUUCUCCAAGUUUUCCCGGUGUCAGCCACGUCGUCGCACGAACCAAAUCGCCAGUCUUGCCGUACCCACGGACCACGGAGAAACUCGAAAGCCUCACAUGCACUUCAUCGAUUUGCAUCCCACCAUCUUCAAACCAAGCCUCCAAGCCAAACAACCAAACAUACCAACCCACUGACGUAUGUUUCAGCUACUUGUGGUUGUCUGACUUUCAACUUGUGCAGGUGCGGAGACGCUCCCUUUCCCAGACGCGAACGCAUCGCUAGAUGCAGCUUCUUGCUGCGCCUAAGCUGGUGUCGUUCUGGGCUGUGAGAGGCAUCUCCACUUCUACAUCGACAUCGAGAUGGCCAUGGACAUCUUCAAGGAUCGCUAAGUGCAGACGAAGCGCCAGGCAGAUCUCAUCAGAUUCAGCUGCAUCAUCACGUGAAGGGUUUGAAGUUCAGAAGUUUGAAGUGAAGUGUGGAUCGGCGGGAUUUGUUACUAUCGACGUUCACAACCCUUCCGCACUCAGUAACCCCGCCAAUCCGCUCAUAAUUCACCUGCCACCAACAGGAACUCAUCUCAGAUCCACCCAUCCGCCUCUUCCACCUUACCUUCUCACCUCGAAAACAACACUCGCAAGCAUAAAUUACAGAUGGAACAUUCCCACUCCAUCAACAAACACAACCGCGCCUAAACCGCUUUCCAACAACCCCUCGUACGCAUAUCAUCCCUUCCCAAGACCCCUCCACGAUACACUCGCCGGAUAUACAUUCUUGCUAUCCACCUUCCUCCCACGUUACUCUCCUCAAGCACCCUCUCCAACCACAGACUUCAAUCCCAACGCAAGACAGUCACUCUAUGCACCGACUCGUCCACUCCCAGUCCAACGACCCAUCCUAAUGUACGGUUCCUUCCUCGGCGGCACCCUAGCCACCUCGUUGGCAUUAACAGAGAACUUCACGUCUCGCACACUGCCCACAAAGAUCAUCGGGUUGAUAACCAAGAAUGCCGUUUUCGACUGGACGGAUAUCGCGACCUCGCCUCCCCCACCGACGGUCGCAAACCAAGACUCGUCCUCAGAAAACGAGCUUGGCUCCACGGCAGGGCCACUACAGAGGAGUCCAAUGACUCCAGAGAACGCAUGGGACGCUAGCACGCUCCACAAGCUUAAAACUCACCUCUUCCCUUCUCCGGCAGCAGCAUUCGACUCCUUCGCUUCACCAACACUAUUCUUCCGAACCUCAGGGUUAGCCGUCCCUCAAAAAUGGGUCACAGAUGAAGAUUCUUCCGACCAGUCCACAGCGAACUCUCCGUCACUAUCUCCAUCCGAAACAGAAGAUCAGUGGCCUAGCGAGGAAGGGGAUCUCACUUCGUCAAAUUCAGAGGCAGCAAGUCCUUUGACUCCAGGAGAAGAGCCGACCUCACCCACACAUAAGCAAACAGAAACCACAGAAGCCGAUCUAGCCAAGCGCAUCUCGCAGCUAUUCAUCGAACCUCCUUCCCGUCCCGCACACCUCAAAUUCCCACCUUCAUCCACAACACUGAAAAUCCCGUUCUCGCUAUUCCUACAUACCGCCACCCCUCUUCCCUCCUCCUCGUCAACCACAUCCUCCCUUUCAUCCUCUACCUCUCCCAAAACAAAAUCCAAGUCUAAGUCUAGAUCUAAGCUUAAAGCCCAAAGAAGGUCAAAUGAGGGUCCAGACGGUGAGGAUACCACUACGACGCCAGGCGGCCAGGCAAAUCAUAUGGCUACACUGUUCCGUCGCAGCGUGUUUAUCCAUGAAUUCUCUGAUCGGAGGAUUUGGGAUGAAGAGCUUGAUCCUGAGGCUGCUAGUCAGGCGAGGGCGAGGGUUGUGGGGAUACGGGGAGAGGGGAGUGGAGGAGUCGGGGAAGAAGGGAGGAGGGGAGAUAUUCGGAAUGGAGACGAGCAGGGGAAAAGCGAGGGGGAGGUGGUGGGGGAGUGGAUUAAUGAUAUUUUUGGGUGAUGGGGGAUUAAUUAUUGGAUAGAAUUGUACGAAAUGGGGAUAUUGGUAUGGGGUACGGUGUUAUGCUACAAUGUCGGAUAAGGAUAAGAUGUUAUAAGAAAAAAAUAUCAAUUGUGUGGGAUCCAUGAAGGAAAAAAUGGUGUGUCAUCCGGGAAGUAAGACUGUAAGAUGACUUCUAUCCAGACUUCCAGUUCCAGGUAUCUUGUAGUAAAGCUCGAAUCAUAGCGGGUUCCAAGGUCGCGCUGAGCACUUCUGCAAAUGAGAAGAUGGGUGAUAGAUAACAUGUAGUUCGUGGUAUGAAGGUAUCUAUCGCCAGCAGGCAAGGGAAGCGUCCUAGCGCGGUGAGGUUUAAGUAAG